UCAGUGUUUAUAAAUUUUAUAAAUUUAUUUAAUUAUUUUUUAAAAUUUAAACACAAUGUUUUUUUGGGAAUAAAAAAAAAAAAAAAUAAUCGAAAUUUUAAAAUUCGAAAAACAACAAGUUAACAGUUUUAAUUAUUUAUUUAUUUUUUCGAAUAAUUAAUAAUGUCGUCGACUGAUAAUGUCAAGAUAUCAGAUUCUGGCUAUACACGUGAAAAUGGUCAAUCACAAGAAAGCAGUGGAAAUUCACUGUCAAAGACUGAUAAUAAAAAUCAAUCUGAAAGUAGUGGUUAUUGUGGGGGUCAACCAUCGGCACUUGGUUCCAGUCAUGAUGCUGGACAACAACUAAACAAUGAGGAAAUUAAUGAUUCCAAGAUAAAUCAAUUGAAGAGUAAUUUGAUGGAAAAUAGUGAAGUGGAUCAUACAAAAAAACAAUCAGAAACGAAAGAAUUGAUGGAUGUCAGAGAUCAAAAUGGUCAUUCAACUGUAUUAGAACAUAAACGUGUAUCAAAAUCAAAUUUAUCUGCUAAUGGUUUCUAUACAAUUAUUUCAUUGAGUGAUGGAAUAGUUUUACAUUCAACAGUAUCAUCAGAAAAAUCAUUGGGUUAUUUAGAAGAUUCAUGGAUUGGAAAAUCAUUUAUUGACUAUGUUGAUCCACAAGAUCGAACUUAUUUUGCUGAAAAAGUUAUCAACAAUAUUACCGUACCAUUUGAUGAACUCGAAAAAGAUUUAAAUGGACAAACAAUAAACUUCUACUGCAGACUUCGAACAAAUAAAAAUUUAAUUGACAUUAAAAAUAUUGAUGGAUCAAAUGACAUAAAAGAUAUUAAUAAAAAUAAAAUAUCAAUAUAUAUACCAUUUUAUUUUAAUGUUGGUUUUAAAUAUUUUGGUGAAAGUCAGAGUAAUAAUAAUCCACUUAUGAUGUUUGUAACAAUUGUUGCAUGGCCAGUAUUAUCAUUUUACAAAGCACCUGAAGAAACAAUAAUGUCAACAGUAUUUUCAACUCGUCAUACAGCAUCAUGCCAUUUAUCAUAUAUUGAUGAUGAUGCUGUACAAUAUUUUGGAUAUUUACCACAAGAUAUAAUUGGACGUUCAUUAUUUGAUUUUUAUCAUCCAGAUGAUUUAUUAUUUAUCAAAGAAGUAUAUGAAACUGUUGUUAGAUUACAAGUUGGUACAUCAUUCAGAUCGAAACCAUACAGAUUUCUAUCACAAAAUGGUGAUUAUGUUAUGAUUGAAACAAAAUGGUCGUCAUUUAUAAAUCCAUGGACUGAUAAAAUUGAAUUUAUAACUGGACAUCAUCGUGUAUUACGUGGACCAAUUAAUCAAAAUGUAUUUGAUUUAUCAACAAGUGAUCAUCAUUAUAGUCCUCUUGUUAAUAUUGGUGAUGAAAUAUGCAAACAAUUACAAAGUAUUGAAAAUGAUAUACAAACUCUACUAAAUAAGAGAGUUGAAAAAAUAAAGAUGAUUGAAAACAAGAAAAGUUAUCAUCUUGCUAAAUUGAUGGAUACUAUUGGACAAGAAAUUCAACGUUCGUGUAUUUCACCAAAUAAUGAAGACAAGAAUUUUUUGGUACAGAAAAAUGCUUCGUAUCAGGAAAAUAACAGUGUGGUACAUCGUAAUUACUGUGACAGUAAAAUAUCAGAUAGAACACCAAGUUAUGAUCAGCUUAAUUACAAUGAAAAAAUUAAAAAAUUUUUCAGCGAUGAUUUACAAAUUUUUAAAGAUUUUAGAACUAGUUUGGAUACUGUUAAUUCAAAUGGACCAAAUUUUGAUAAUAAAACAAGUCCAUCUUAUCAUAAUUCAUCAAAAAAUAAUAACAGCAGUGGUAGUGGUGAAAAAUUAAGCAAUGGAUCAAAUGAUAAUAGAAAUUUUAAUUCAUCAUCACAAAAUAAUUUCAAGUUACCAGUAUUAACUGAAGCAUUAUUACAUAAACAUAAUCAAGAGAUGGAAAAACAAUUGAUCCAACAGUACACAGAAAAAUGUUCAACAAUUAAAAAUGAAAAAUUUAAUAAAGUUAAUAAUGAAGUUAAUGAAAUUAAUGAUACUGAUGAUAAAUCAACUCGUCAAAAAAAUUUAAAAAAUCAAAAAAAUGGUAAAAAACGUCAUCAUUCAAGCAGCAUAAAUAAAUCACUCAUUAAAGUUUCUAAGAAAAAUGAUGAAUCGAAAACUGUUGAAAAUAAAAAUGAUGAUACAGUUGAAUUAAAUAAAUCAAAUAAAAAUAUAAAAUUUAAUAUCAGUGAAAAUUACACUACCAAAAAUAAGCCACUGAAAGAAACCGAAUGUUCUGGUGAUCCCAGCAGUUUACCAAUUUCUAAAAAAUUACGAAAAACAAGCGUACAAGAAAAUAAUAUGAUGUUGAUUACACCAGAGCAGAAAAUUAAUAGUCAACUUCCAUCAACAAGUAAAAUAAAUCAACUGAAUUUAAAUGUUACAGUUUCAUAUUCUGAAUUGGAAGAAAAAAUAAUUUAUCCACAAGUUAUUGAAACAUUAAAAAAUACACCAUCAAUUGUCAUCAACAUGCCAAUAAAUAAUAUACAAGCUGAAAGUCAAGCAACAAGUAUAGAAGUACAACCAAGUAGUGCAGCAUUAUCUGAAUCAUCCAAAAAAAUUUCUUCAAUUGGUAAACAUGUUAAAACAAGUGAAAUUGCUGAAGAAUCAGCAAUAAAUACCAUGGAUCUAAGUAUGCAUGAUUCAACUGAUUCAAGUUUUUAUGGAAGUUUUCUAUCUUCAAGUAGUUCAAAUAGCAGCAAAGAAAGGAACAAAGAAAUAUUAAAAAAACGUCUUGAUGAUAUGAAAAAUAAAAGUCAACGUCAUUUUUCAAUGAUAAAUGAUAUGAAAGCUAAUUUUAAAAAACAACAAAAAAAAAUUCGCAAUGAUUUAUCAAAAGAAAAAAAAAAACGUAAUGAUUUAUUGAAAAAAAAAAAAUGUCUUGUUGCUAAAAAUAAAAUUAAAAAUACACAAGAAAAAUUAAUUAAAAUGACACCAUCAUGGUUGGAGGGUGUUAAAGUAACACCUGAUCUUACAUAUCGUUAUCAACUUGUUCCAAAAUCACUUGAUGAUAUUCUUCAAGCUGAUAUGAUUACAUUAAACAACACAAAUCAGCCACAACUUGUUAAUGAACAAUUUAGACAACUUUGUAUUGAUUUCGAAAUUAAUCAAUUGAGUAAUCUUUUUAUCAACAACAGUGGUGGAUCAAAUAAUUCAUCUAAUCAACAAUAAAAUGAUGUUAUUAAUAAUCAGGAUUAUUAUCAUCACAAGCUAUUAAUUAAUCGUAAAAAAAAAAAUUUUUUAUUAUUUAAAAAAUCAAUUGAAUCAUUAAUAUUAUUUUUUAUAAUUUAAUUGAAGCAAUAUACCUUUUUUUUUUUUUAUACAUAAACUUUCAAUAGAUUUUUUGUUUUGCGUAAUUUUUUGCGUGCAUUUAUCAUGCUUUUUUUAUUGCAAAUAAUAUUUAUUUAAUUAUAAUAAUUAUUUAUUUUUAAUUAAAUAAUAAUUGUUAUUAUAUGUAAUGGACAAAAAAAAAAAGAAAAGAAAAUUAAUUGAUGUCAUUAUAAGAUGUAUUAUUUAUUUAAAUGUACAAGAAACUAUAGACUUUUAUGUCUAACAAAAAAAAAUGAUUGAUUGUUAGACGAUAGUGAAUAUUAUAUUUAGAUCAUUAGUCAGUGUGAUCGUCAAUGAUAAGUUUAACACUAAUUUUUUUGUAAUCAAUUAUUUUAAAAUCUCGGUAAUUUUGAUUGAUAAAUUCAGCCAAGUUAAUGAUGAAAGUUUGUUUGUUUGUUGAAAGUUGAAAAGAAAAAAAAAAUCAUAUUAUUCAUCAACUGUACUUUGAGAUGAUAAAGUAAUUGAUGAUUAUUAUUAUUUCUUUUUUUAAAUUAAUAUUAAGAAUAUUUGUGUGAUGAUUUAAGUUAAAUGUUCACUGUGCCUCGUGUCUUUACCGAAGAUAUUUAAAAAACACACACCAUUUAAAUGCCAAAGAAAUAGAUAAUUAUAAAUAGUAAUAUUCAGAGAAACAAUCGAUAGACAGUCAAUUAAAAAUCACACAAAAAUUAUAUGAAUUAGUAUAAAUAAGUACUUGUUUAAUUUUAAUAAGCUUGGAUAUAUUUUUACAAAUUUAUAUUAGUAUUUAUAAAUUUAUUCGAUGACGAAAAAUGGUAUUGUUGUGUGCCUCAUGUCAUUACCAGAGAUAUUACAAAAACCAAAAUAUCAAUACAGUGAAGAAAAAUAUAUUUAAAUAACAAUAAAAAUAGUUAUCAGAAAUUAUUCAUUUGAUAAACAAUCAAUUGAAAAUAAAAAAACAAAUAGUUUU